AUGAGCCCGCCCUGCCGUGGAGGCUGCUACGUAGCCGCAGGGUACGACGAGACGGCGAGCUUCGCCGGGAGUAUUUGGUGGAGUGGGACGGUCGCGAGGGAGGUCCCACUUGGGAGGACGCCAACGGGGGAUGGAUCUGAUACGGGCCAUCCCUCGGCGUCCACGAAGAGGGCCACAGCCGGCCACGCCAGGGCGCCGGGCCGUGCGCAGCCCACAGGCGGAGCAGGCCACGCGCCAGGAGGACGAGGUAGAGACCCCGAGUCAGCUCAGAGGGAGGUUACAGUUUGUGGCGGAGAGCUUGACGUCGCUCAGGAGCAGCCGCGGGAAGCUAGUCUCGCGGCCCAACAAAGGACGCGGAAGACAGGGCAGGACGCGCCGAGAGGCUUGGCCUCCAUCGCCCGGGCAGGGGCGCAGACAGGGGGUGCCGAGGAUGGCGAGACCGCCGAGCAGUAUCCGGCCGAGCUGCGGCCAGAGGCAGACGAGACAGGUGGCAGCGGCGCUGGCUACUGCCCAGUCGACCCACAGCCACCGCCGAGCGACGCCAGAGCGCCCGGCGGGCUGGCCGACGGGCCCGCGGGCGACGCAUCAGGCAGCACGGCCACAGGCGGACGAGCGGGCGCAGCAGCGCCCGGCCGAGGGCGCUCGGCAGCGGCAGCGCCCGGCCGAGAGGGCCGGGCCGAGAUAGGCAAACAGGCGGCCAGAGAGAGCUCAGCGGGACACGCGUGUCCCUUUGACGGGACACGCCCACCUUGUGACGCCUGA